AUGUUUCAGUGCGGCUACCUCGAAGGGCUGCGCUCAUCACUCGGUGGCUGGACGCAGAAAGUUAAAUCAUGGUACUGGGGACGACCUCUAGAACUAGCACACAAAUUAUCGCGAAGUUUCGAUAUGAAGGAAGACGGCGGCACUUUAUUGGACGAACGAGGUGGAAUAAGAAGACAUCAAUCAAUGCAGAGGCUACAGCACGGCGAUGGACAGAGUGACGAAAAUCGUUCUGCGAGAGUGGUCCCCGACCAUCAUGGAAACCUACAUAUUACUGUUAAGAAGACGAAGCCCAUUCUUGGUAUUGCUAUCGAAGGAGGAGCAAACACAAAACAUCCGCUACCAAGAAUAAUUAAUAUUCAUGAGCAUGGUUCAGCGUAUGAAGCUGGAGGCCUAGAAGUGGGACAGCUCAUUCUGGCGGUGGAUGGGCAGCGAGUAGACGGCAUGCAACAUCAAGAAGUUGCCCGACUUAUUGCAGAGUCUUUUGCACAGAGAGAUAAGCCGGAGAUCGAGUUCCUAGUAGUGGAAGCAAAGAAAUCAAAUUUAGAACCGAAGCCAACAGCACUAAUAUUUUUGGAGGCCUAA